AUGAUUGGUCCUCAACCGCAUCCUUCUGCCACUCCAACCUCUCUGAAACGAACGAUCACACAAAGUGGUAGCGGAUCCAUUAGUCAAUCAUCAAAGAAGCGAAAACAAAGUGUAGCUGCAUCAUCAAAUUCACAACCAUCACAAUCGGGUGGCUCUAGAAUAACUUUGGAAAAAAUUAUUGGUUUAACAACCGACUCUAAUUCAAAGCUUUCAGUUCAUCCACAAACAAAAUAUGUUGCCUAUUGUUCGGCAAAUGUGGUAGUUUGCUACAAUCCAAGAAAGAACAAACAAUAUCAAUUCUUACAAAAUUCAUCAUCAAACAAAACCUUCUCUUGUCUUCAAUUCAGUAGGAAUGGGAAACUAUUGGCAGCAGGUGAAAAAGGAUCAAAACCAUCUAUUGUAAUAUGGGAUGUUUUAACAGGAAAGAAAACUAUAGAGCUCAAGAAAGAUAAUCAUUCAUAUGGAAUUACUUCUUUAGCAUUUUCAAAUGAUGCAAAAUAUAUUGUCAGUGUUGGGGAUGAAAAUGAUGGUACCAUCAAGUUGUGGGAUCUCUCUGCCAAUAUGAAUCAAAGUGUUAACGCUUCAACAUUAUCUUCUGCUUCUUCUCAAAAAGGAAGUCUUGUACAUACUAUCAAAAAUAUUAGAAAGACCAAUGAUGUUGCAUUUUCACAUGAUGGAGCAUUUUUUGUAACAGUUGGAGACAAGUUUGUAAAAUAUCAUCAAAUUGAACAACAACCAAAUGGUAGUAUGGAGGUAAAAACAUCUAGGUGUAUUCUGGGGAAUUUUAAGGAAUCUAAUUUUGUUAGUGUUGAUAUAGUGAAACACAAGGAUGGGUCAACUGGGGUGUAUACAGUUAAUUCGGAUGGAAUUUUGUGUUUACUAAACGAAAAUAGACAGAUUCUUAAAUGGCUGGAUAUGAAAGUUAAAGCAGCAUUCUCGCUUAGUGUCAAUGAAGAUAUUAUUUGUUGUGGAUGUGCAAAUGGAACAGUUCGUCUGUUUGAGCCAACCAGCCUUAAAUUCAAAUGCACAUUACCAAAACCACCACUAACCACUGGAAUGUCCUACUCAAACGAUAUUAAUUGUGUGGCUUGCAGACUUCUUGAUUCACGACAGGUAUGUGCAGUCUACAGUGACAGAUCCUUCUUUAUUUGGGACAUUAGUAAUUUGCAAAGAAUAGCCAAGUACAGAAGUUUCCUUUCUCACAGUGAUUCUAUUUGGGAUAUUGAUCUAUUUCCUGAAAAUAAUUCACUUUUACCUCAUGGAUCAUUUGUUACUUGUUCGAGUGAUAAUACUGUUAGAGUUUGGAAUGUGGAAGCUAGUACUUCUCUCACUGAAAAGAUUGAAAGAGGAGAGUCUUUCAUUUCUAAAAAUGUUUUCUGUAAGGACUUGCUACACGCAAUUGAGGAUAAACCUUCAAAUCCUAAUGGAGAACAAGGAAUAAGAAGUGUGAGGUUUUCUGAGGAUGGUAAUCUUAUAGGUUGCGGAAGUAGACAAGGUGUUCUCAAAAUAUUUCAAACAACAAACUUUUCCAUUGAAUAUUCUGAAGUAGCUCACGACUCUGAAAUUUUAUCUAUGGAUUUUAGUGUGAACCCUGAAGAUUCUACAGAUAUCCUAUUUGCUACAAGUAGCAGAGAUAGACUUAUUCACAUUUUCCAAUACAAGAAUUCCUUAUUCAAAUUGGUAACCUCCCUUGAUGAUCAUACGGCAUCUGUUACUUCUGUGAGAUUUACAAAGGAUGAAAAUUUCAGAUAUCUUAUCAGCUGCAGUGCUGAUAAAUCUAUUGUAUUUAGAAAGAUUGAAAGAGAUCCAAAUGGUGAAUAUACUUUCAGAAGAUAUCAAAAUAGUCAAUCGAAUGGAACCAUUUUUGAUUUGGAUGUAAGCAAGACAAACGAAAUUGUAUCAGUUGGACAGGAUAAGAAGAUUAGUGUUUGGGAGUUAGACAAGUGCAAAUCUAAACAAAGCUUUAAGGUUGACACUAGAUCAACCGCUGACAGCUAUCUUCCAUCAGCUGAACCUAUCAGAGUUUGUUGCGACUAUUCUGGAGAGUUUGCUGUUAUCAGCUCUGCUGAUAAAUAUAUCAGGCUUUACAACUUGCAGACAGGUGAAUGCUUAUCGAGAGUAUGUGGUCAUUCAGAAAUCAUAACUGGUGUAAAAUUUUCCAAAGACUCUAAAAGAAUCAUCUCAGUAUCAGGGGAUGGAUGUAUUUUUGUGUGGAGACUCUCCCCUAACAUUACCAAACUUUUGAAUAAGAAUAAGCCAUUCGAAAGCAUAUUACCAAAAAAUCUCAUGCCUGAAAGUCCUCAACACACUGUCGAGUUAUCAACACGUGAUACAUUACUACCAUUAUGGGCAAAACAAAAGAAAACCAAAACAAGUGAUGAAAUCAAUGCAAUCCUAAACUCUGUAGAAUCAAAGCCUCAGAAUAGUAAAUGGUUAGAUAGAGCAGAUGAGAAAGAAUUUAAAUUAGCUGCUAUAGAGGAUGAAACAAGUUCUAAUGACGAAGCAGACGAUCCAGUAGAGGAAGAUGUAGUCUAUUUCAAUACUGAACAAUCUCCAGAUUUCCUAGUGAGGGCAGCCAACAAGGUAUCUCAAGACAAGCUCGUACAAGAGUCAGAUGAUGAAGAUGAAAAGACUGCAGUAAUUAAGCUUGAAAUGGAACCUCCUGAAAAACCAAAGGUACAAGAGGAUUUCUUAAUGAAGAAUUUUGAAAGUCUUUCUGCUCCUUUCGAAGCACCUUUGGGUGAUGGAAGAAUUAGUGUCACCUCACAAUUUUUGAAAAAGGCCAUUGGUCAACCAUCAAAGCAGCCUCCAAAACCACUCCCAAAAACCAAUCAUCUUCCACCUCUCCAACCUUCAUCUACCCAAAGUUCCUCAACAGCAUCAUCUUCCACCACAAUCAAUAACCAUUCAAUCCCUACAACUACCACAACUACUGCCUCAUCAAAUCAACCAACAUUACCAUCUAACGAUUUGACCACAUCUAGAAUUAAUCUCACUGAAAGUAUUCCAAACAUGUCUGAUAUUCCACUAACCCUUGUACUUAAACUCAACCAAAUUUCCCAUUCUUUUACUCAUGCUCUCUCAAUAAUUGACCAUAUGGAUAACUCAGAAAAUAAGGACGUAGAAGCCAUCAACAAAUCAAAAGAAGCUAUUGCAAAACUGCUGCAGAAUAUGUCUGCUACAUUUUCUUCUAAAGCUUGGCAAAUUAAUGCAGCUUCAACGAAGGAUAUUUUGGAGAAAUACUCUGAUAUGCUCAUUGAUAUGAUGAAACAAAAGUUAGACCACAAAUAA